AUGCACCGCUAUUCCUUCCCCAGAGCACCAGUCGCGCAUCCAGAAGCGACAGUUGGUGGCGCAGGAAAGCCCUAUCGGUUCACUGUCCUGACCGAUGGUCUUCUACGAUAUGAGUGGGCGGAUGAUGGGAGUUUUGAGGAUCGAGCUUCUGUGUUGGCGAUUAACCGCCGGCUACCCAUCCCUGAAUUUCGUGUGCUUGAGAGCGAUACCAGUUUGCAGAUCAUCACCUCCCGAUUUCACCUUACUUACGAUAAAGAGAGCUUUACUCCUAGCGGUCUUAGUGCUGCCAUCAAAGGCUUCUAUGGGUGUCACAGCAGCACCUGGCGGUACGGCAACCCCCAUAAUACGCUCGGCGGCACGGCGCGAACCCUUGACGAGAUCAACGGAAGAAUCGAUUUCGAGCCGGGUAUUGUCGCUCGUCAAGGCUUCACAACAUUAGAUGAUUCGAAAUCUAUGCUUUUUGACAAGAAUGGAUGGCUCGCUGUCCGUCAAUCGGGGAAUAAUCGUGUGGAUGGCUAUCUAUUUGCUUAUGGGCAUGAUUACCGGGAGGCAGUCCGCGCAUUCUAUACCUUGUCGGGUCCUCAGCCACUGCUUCCACGCUGGGCGUUGGGAAAUUGGUGGAGUCGGUAUUACGCCUAUAGUGCUGAUGAAUACCUGAAGUUGAUGGACACGUUCCAGGAGAAAGGUAUUCCGCUCUCCGUUGCCGUCUUGGAUAUGGACUGGCAUAUCGUGGAUGAGGAAUGCGUGGCUAAGUCAGGUGUUACUGGAUGGACGGGAUACACCUGGAAUAAAAACCUGUUUCCUGAUCCACCACAAUUCCUAUCUGAGCUGCACCGUCGAGGCUUGAAAACAUCACUGAACGAUCAUCCAGCCGACGGAGUGCAGAGUUAUGAAGAGCUUUAUGAGAAGAUGGCCACAGCAUUGGGUCAUGACAGCUCAUUAAAAGAUCCAAUUUCGUUUGAUAUCACAAAUCGCGCCUUUUGUGAUGCCUACUUUGACAUUCUACAUCGGCACUUUGAUGACCAGGGGACUGACCUCUGGUGGGUGGACUGGCAACAAGGCCCCCAUUCCAGGAUUGCGGGAAUUGAUCCUCUCUGGGUGUUGAAUCACUUUCAUUUCCUAGACAGCGCCCGAGAGGGUAAACGUCCAUUGACUUUUUCGCGAUACGCGGGACCUGGUAGCCAUCGGUAUCCAGUCGGGUUUUCAGGAGAUACAGUCAUCACUUGGGAGUCGCUUAACUUCCAGCCAGAAUUUACGGCGACAGCAUCGAACAUUGGAUUUGGAUGGUGGAGCCAUGAUAUCGGCGGGCAUAUGCACGGAGUGAGAGAUGAGGAGUUGUUGAUCCGCUGGGUGCAGUACGGAGUAUUCUCGCCAAUCCUGCGUCUGCAUUCUUCCAAUAAUCAGUGGAACCUGAAGGAACCGUGGAUGUUGGACGUUGGCUGCGAACGUAUCAUGACCGAUUCCCUCCGUCUACGCCACCGGCUCAUUCCCUACCUCUAUACCAUGAAUGUUAGAGCGGCAAAAGAAGGAUUACCACUCGUACAACCCAUGUACUGGGAAUACCCAGAGAGAGAAGAGGCAUAUCAGUUUGCUAAUCAGUUCCUCUUUGGUUCGGAAUUGCUCGUUGCCCCGAUUACUGCGCCGCAGGAUACAAAGGCACGUAGAUCCCAGGUACGAGCAUGGUUUCCACCAGGUCGUUAUAUCGAUAUUUUCACAGGCAUGGCGUACGAUGGAGACCGCGAGCUUUGGCUCAAUCGGCCGCUCGCAUCAUACCCGGUGUUUGCGUGUGAAGGUGCCAUUAUUCCGCUGGAUGGAGCAUCAGAGCCUGCUAACGGCGGCAAUGAUCCAAGUGAACUUGAAGUCCUCAUUGUCGUCGGAGCGGACGGCGAUUUCGAACUUGUUGAGGAUGAUGGUCAGGGUGAUCAAGACGGUCAAAUUGCGUUGCGCCGAACAGCGAUUUCUUUUCGUCAGGAAGCUGGGGAGAUUCGUAUUGGGCCUAGCACAAUGACUACUCGUCAAUGGAGUGUUCGGUUGCUAGGUUGCUCCUCCCUUCCGGAGCAAGUUCAAAUUCUUGUCAAUGAUAUAGAGAGCGCGAGCCAAACGGUAAAAGUCGACAAUGGAACUUUGAUCAAACUGGGUUCAUUAGGAUCCGAGACUACCAUCGUGGUUAGACUUGGAUCACGACCACAAGUUGAUGUCCACUCGCCCACCGAGCCCAUCAUAAAGUUCCUCCGCGACGCACAAAUUGAAUUAGACCUGAAAGAGGAAAUUUGGAAGAUUGUUUCCAAGGAAAGUCCCGUAACAGUUCGCGUUGGACAAUUGCAGGCGCUUGACCUUGAUCGCUCUGUGCUAUAUCCCAUUCUUGAAAGUUUACUAGCAGAUUCUCGUUCGGCUUGUCUGUGA